UCAAUUUUCAAGUAUCAUAACUAAGGUUUGAACAACAGCAAAAAAAAAAAAAAAAAAAAAACCCAAUAUGGGUUCCAAGACAUUUCUGUUUCUUGGUAUUUUGUUGGCUAUUUUUUUCAUGAUAAGUUAUGAAGUUGUUGCUAGCGAGUUAGCUGAGACUUCCAACUCAGUGAAACCGGAUAAUGAGAAUGAAGUACAUUUUGACGGACAUGGCGGAUACAAUGGCGUUAGCAGUGAUGGACCUAUUGAUAGCGGCUACGGCCAUGGUGGUGGUGGUCAUAAACGUAAACGAUGCCGUCAUGGUUGCUGCAAAAAGUAUUAUUACAUAUGCAUAAGGUGUUGUUUCUAUGCAGGUGAGGCCAGCGGCGGAUCCACCCUAAGGAGUAUUUGUGGUCACCGAAGCCCAAAGACUGUGAAUGCAUCUUCAAAGCUACGGGUAGAGGUUGAAAACCGGCCCAUAGACGGGCAAAGGCACUAA